AUGACAUUGGCGGUUUUCAUAUUAACCCUUCAGUUUUUAGUUGAUGUUAAGGGAGAGGAUUGCUCUCCUCCAUUUGAAGUGGUCUGUAACGCAACUUACUAUCAAAAUGCGUUUGAAUAUAACAACUUGUGUUUAACUCCAGCACAAUACGUGACUUUCAACAUUUCAAACGACUUUUUUCUUGCUUUGUUUGUCGAUUAUCUGAAUACAAUUCAAAUUUCAAUGAUAAACCCAAUUGUGUUAUCCAUUGACACAAAUGCCACUUUUGACUUUGAGUUACUCAGUGGAGUGUAUGGGAGUCAAGUUAUUUUUGUAUCGGACUUAACAACCAACACAAACUCAGAAGUGUCUUUCUACACAAUCGGAGGAACGUCGCUAUCAAUAAUAACAUCGUCAUUUAUAGCAAAAACAAAUAUAACAUUGACAACACAACUCUCUUGUAAUAAAGGGACAUUCGCUGGGUCCUCUUCUAUAUUUGAUAUAAAAAGUGUGGUGUUUAGCGAACUUUCGUUACUGUCGUUAAACUCAUCAGAACUGACCGGAAGUGACUUAUUGUUGUGGGCAAGUUCCGCCCAAUUUACAAGUAGUCGUAUUGUUUUUUCGAGUGUGCUUCUUGUUGCGUCCAAUAUGAUUUUCUUCCAAAAUUCAAACAUACACGCCGAUGCAUUGAGUUUGGACAGAGACUCUUUUAUGGAAAUAAACGGGGAGUCACGCGUUUAUAUAGAAAGUGUAAAUAUAACAGGAGAGUUGAGAGAUUACUCUACUUACCCAAUUGUGUUGGGACAAACGUGCGGAGAGUGCUCAACGGAAAUCGAUCAAGUUGUUAUUAAAUGUGGAGAACAAACUGUUAAAUAUGGAAAACCUGUAUUUGUACAAUACACGGGAAAUGUGCAUAUUGGAAGUAUACUGUUUGUUAACAUUAUUAACUGUGUUGAUUUGUUCUCGUUUCCCACAAACAUCACUACCGGUUUUUUGAAUGAAAACAUUCAAAUAAUAAACGAAGGGAAGACCGUUAGAUAUUGUAAAAAUACGUUUGAUAAAAAUGUCAUAUGCACUUUGAAUGGUACAAAAUAUUAUACAGACAUUGGUGAACAAAACAACGAAAGUUAUUCAUUUAAAUAUCCACAUUGUCCUUGUUUUGGGGAUGAUUGUAUUAUAGAAGUUCCUCUUGAUUUUAACUCAACGUUUGUGGAAAUAGGCGAUCAUCAGAUAAACGCUGUGAUUCGUGGAAAUGGAAAUCUGGAUUUUAGCGUACCUUCACAAUUUGAACAGAAAGUAACCGGAGAAAUCAAGUCACUUAAAAUACAAUGUAGUAUUACAUUUAAAUUUGUAUAUGACACGGAAUCGAUUUUGUUGUAUGAAACAAACAACCAAUUCACUCAAACUAUAAUGAUAAUAAAAAAUGGUGUCAAGUUUACAGUUAAAUGUAUAUGCAAUAAUUCACUUCCAACAUGUUCAUUUAAAGCUAAUGAUCAAUUGGAGAUUUAUCACAAAGACGGGUUUUUUAAUAUUGGCACAAACAAAUUUUCUGUUACAAUGAUUUAA